AUGCCGCCUUCUUUGUGGCAUGGUCCCACACCGGGCCAGGAAACCCUGCUGGUCCCCUGCCGUCUUGCCGGGGACCUGGUCUCUGGCUCGGCCACCUGCCGCCUCUGCGGCUGUCGUCUGUACAGGAGCUCACGCUCCUCGCUGGGGGCCGUGCUUGCAUCAACACCCCGACUCCUGGCUCCCCGCAGCAAGGUGGCCUUCCGGGCCGAGCCACGCCGCUCAUUACCCGUGGGCCAGGCCCGCUUGCCACGACCCUCCCCAGGCCUCGUGUGCGCCAUCCGGCUGGUCCUCGACGGCGGCCGAGCCCCUUUGCCGCCCUCUCUGCCGGUGUGUUUCGGGACGCCCCCCACGCCCUUGAGCCCCAGCCCGCGCUGCCCGGCCUUCUGCUCGGAGGCCGUGUCCCCGCAGUCUCCCUGGCAGCCCGUCGCCCCCAGCUGUCCUGGGCGGCCCAGCUCUGACCCCCGCUCCCUCCUCCAGCUCCAGGCCUGUGAGGCCCAGCCCGAGGAGCCGAGCGUGGUGCUGGAGGCCUGGGGCGGCUUCCUGGAGACAGCCUGUGACCCCCGCAGGAAGAACAUUCCAAGCACCGAGCGUAACGACCCUGACGUCCCUGCCCCCACCGCUGUCCACGGCGGCCAGUCUGACUGCAUCCCCACCCCCAGCACACUCGCCGUUUUGAAGUGUAGCUUGGACACUGUACAAUUUCAUCAAGGUGGCAACUGCUGCCCGGGCUUCUCGGCCCACCAGCCUUCGUUCGGCUUCUCCCGGAAGGAGGCCGCGCCUGAGGCUUUGAGCGACGCGAGUGCUGCCAAGAGCCGCGGGUGUCGCCGGGACUGUGUGUGGCUGUGCGUGCUGGGCCAUCACCCGGCCCGGCAGGGCAGCUGUGAGGCCGCGCGAAAUGCAGCUCACAGGAGCCCGAGGGGGCCCCAGUGGCAGGGGCCCGGCGGCAGAGAUGCUCGCACCGGCGGGGACAGUGUCAAGGUCGCCUUCCUGCGGGAGGCCGGUGCUCCCAGACAGGGCCCUGCCCGUGCCGGCCCGGGGACGGAGACGGCUGCUGAGUCCGGCCCGGGCCAGGAUGAGCUGCAGUCGAGCUCCGUGUCAGUCACCAUCCGGGGGGCUGGUCAGCAGACACCUGGGGGCUGCAACCAGGCCGAGGACAGGCCCGGCAUCGACACGCCUAAUGCGUUAGGUGCCGAGCCGCCAGCAGAUGCCGGCUGCCCAUGGAACACGGCUAACCCCGGGAGUCGUAACGAAAGACCCCAGAAUGGCUCCAUGAUACUCUACAACAGGAAGAAAGUGAAGUACCGGAAAGAUGGGUAUUGCUGGAAGAAGAGGAAAGACGGGAAGACCACCCGGGAGGACCACAUGAAGCUCAAGGUCCAGGGAGUGGAGUGCUUGUACGGCUGCUAUGUCCAUUCCUCCAUCAUCCCCACCUUCCACCGGAGGUGCUACUGGCUCCUUCAGAACCCCGACAUCGUCCUGGUGCAUUACCUGAACGUCCCGGCCAUCGAGGACUGCGGCAAGCCAUGCGGCCCCAUCCUCUGCUCCAUCAACACGGACAAGAAGGAGUGGGCGAAAUGGACGAAGGAGGAGCUCAUCGGGCAGCUGAAACCCAUGUUCCACGGCAUCAAGUGGACCUGCAGCAACGGGAACAGCAGCUCUGGCUUCUCGGUGGAGCAGCUGGUGCAGCAGAUCCUCGACAGCCACCAGACCAAGCCACAGCCUCGGCCCCACAACUGCCUCUGCGCCGGCAGCCUGGGCGCGGGCAGCAGCGUGCACCACAAGUGCAACAGUGCCAAGCACCGGGUCAUCUCGCCGAAGGUGGAGCCGCGCGCGGGGGGCUCGGGGGGCUACUCGGAGGUGCAGCACAACGACGUGUCGGAGGGCAAGCAGGAGCCCAGCCACAGCAAGGGCUCGGGCCGCGAGAAGAGGAACGGCAAGGUGGCCAAGCCCGUGCUGCUGCACCAGAACAGCACCGAGGUCUCCUCCACCAACCAGGUGGAGGUGCCCGACACCACCCAGAGCUCCCCCGUGUCCAUCAGCAGCGGGCUCAACAGCGACCCCGACAUGGUGGACAGCCCCGUGGUCACGGGCGUGUCCAGCAUGGCGGUGGCCUCCGUCAUGGGGAGCCUGUCCCAGAGCGCCACGGUGUUCAUGUCUGAGGUCACCAACGAGGCCGUGUACACCAUGUCCCCCACCGCCGGCCCCAACCACCACCUCCUCUCGCCCGACGCCUCUCAGGGCCUGGUCCUGGCCGUGAGCUCCGACGGCCACAAGUUCGCCUUCCCCGCCACGGGCAGCUCGGAGAGCCUGUCGAUGCUGCCCACCAACGUGUCCGAAGAGCUGGUCCUCUCCACCAGCCUGGACGGUGGCCGGAAGAUUCCAGAGACCACCAUGAACUUCGACCCCGACUGUUUCCUCAAUAACCCAAAGCAGGGCCAGACGUACGGGGGCGGCGGCCUGAAAGCAGAGAUGGUCAGCGCCAGCGUCCGGCACUCGCCCCCCGUGGAGAGGAGCUUCAGCUUCACCACCGUCCUCGCCAAGGAGAUCAAGACGGAGGACACGUCCUUCGAGCAGCAGAUGGCCAAAGACGCGUACUCCUCCUCCUCGGCGGCCGCGGCCUCCGGCUCCCUCACCCUGACCGCGGGCUCCAGCCUCCUGCCGUCGGGCGGCGGCCUGAGCCCCAGCACCACCCUGGAGCAGAUGGACUUCAGCGCCAUCGACUCCAACAAAGACUACGCGUCCAGCUUCAGCCAGACGGGCCACAGCCCCCACGUCCACCAGACCCCGUCCCCCAGCUUCUUCCUGCAGGACGCCAGCAAGCCCCUGCCCGUCGAGCAGAGUGCCCACGGCGGCCUGAGCGACUCGGGGGGCACCUUCGUGAUGCCGACGGUGAAGACGGAGGCCUCGUCCCAGACCAGCUCCUGCAGCGGCCAUGUGGAGACGCGGAUAGAGUCCAGCUCCUCCUUGCACCUCAUGCAGUUCCAGGCCAACUUCCAGGCCAUGGCGACGGACGGGGAGGUGACCAUGGAGACCUCGCAGGCCACCGAAGGGGGCGAGGGCCUCCUCAAGCCUGGGGAGCUGCAGGCCUGCAGCUCCGAGCACUACCUGCAGCCCGAGACCACCGGGGUGAUCCGCAGCGCGGGCGGCGUCCCGCUGCUCCCGGGCAGCGUGGUGCAGGGGCUGUACCCGGUGGCCCAGCCCGGCCUGGCCAGCACCUCCGGCAUGGAGCUCAGCCUGGACCACUUCGACAUCUCCUUCAGCAACCAGUUCUCUGACCUGAUCAACGACUUCAUCUCCGUGGAGGGGGGCAGCGGCGCCAUCUACGGCCACCAGCUGGUGUCGGGGGACAGCGCCGCGCUCCCGCCGUCGGAGGACGGGGCACGGGCCCCCUUCGCCCAGGCGGAGAUGUGCGUGCCCUGCUGCAGCCCCCAGCAGGGCAGCCUGCAGCUGAGCGGCGCCGAGGGCGGGGCCGGCGCUCUGGCCUACAUGCACGUCGCCGAGGUGGUGUCGGCCGCCUCGGGCCCGGGCACCCUGGGCAUGCUGCAGCAGAGCGGACGGGUGUUCAUGGUCACCGACUACUCCCCGGAUCUCUUCCCCCAGGGGGGCGUGAAGGUUCUCAUCACAGGCCCGUGGCAAGAAGCCAGCAAUAACUACAGCUGCCUGUUCGACCAAAUCUCAGUGCCUGCGUCCUUGAUUCAGCCCGGGGUGCUGCGCUGCUACUGCCCAGCCCAUGACACUGGUCUCGUGACCCUACAAGUUGCCUUCAACAACCAGAUCAUCUCCAACUCGGUGGUGUUUGAGUACAAAGCUCGGGCCCUGCCCACGCUCCCUUCCUCCCAGCAUGACUGGCUGUCCCUGGACGACAACCAGUUCAGGAUGUCCAUCCUGGAGCGCCUGGAGCAGAUGGAGAGGAGGAUGGCCGAGAUGUCGGGGCCCCAGCAGCACAAGCAGGGCGCCGGCGGCGGUGCGGGCGGCGGCGAAAUCAGCGGGCACAGCGGCGUGGGGCCACCGCGGGGCCGAAGGGCCGAGACGGCGUCCGUCCACCUGCCCUGCCCCGCGCAGAGCACGUCUCGUGCUGGCCAGCGCCCCGGGAGACCGGCGUGGCGGCCCGGCCACUUGGGCUUCUUGCGGGGAGACCCCUCCUGGCUCACUGGCCGCGGCGUCCGCGCGCCCGAGUGUCGGCCUGUGCGCGUGGGCCUCCCAGCCGUGCUGCUGCAGGACGGUCCACAGCUCGAGCGGGGAGGGCCUCGACACCGCCUCCGGCCUGUUCCAGAUUUAAAAACCAAGAACAGUGGGGCAGCCGUUUCCUCGGGUGCUGCGGGGCUGUUAGCAGCAGAACGGUGGGUGACGGGCUGCUGCCAGGCCUCGGGCCGGCCCCAGGCUGCGGCUGCCGGCUUAGGUUUUGUUUUUCUUCCUGUCCAGCUGCUUCGUGGGGGAGCUGUGUGGCCAGACGACGGGGCUGCUCGCGCCGGGGCUGCGCUGUCCUUGACCGCCGCGCAUGUCGUGGCCACGGCGCUGCCCCCCGCGGCCUUUGCUGCUUGUAAAGGGCCGGGUUAUUGCUGGACCCCAAGUGCCUUCAUGACCUACUGGCCGGAGCCCGGUGACGCCUCCUCUCCCCACAGGGUCACCUCAGCUGGGGUCAGGGCCCUUUUUUUGGCUGCCGUGGAGUGGGCCUCGGGGCCACCGCUGACCUGUGCUCUCCCGUCCCAGUGUGCUGCGGCCCCCGGGACGCUGGGGGGCUGCUUCGAGAGCCGCGUGGUGGUGGUCUGCGAGAAGAUGAUGAGCCGCGCCUGCUGGGCCAAGUCCAAGCACUUGAUCCACUCCAAGACCUUCCGCGGGAUGACCCUCCUGCACCUGGCCGCGGCCCAGGGCUACGCCACCCUCAUCCAGACCCUCAUCAAGUGGCGCACGAAGCACGCGGAUAGCAUCGACCUGGAGCUGGAGGUCGACCCCUUGAACGUGGACCACUUCUCCUGCACUCCUCUGAUGUGGGCCUGUGCCCUCGGCCACCUGGAGGCCGCCGUCGUGCUGUACAAGUGGGACCGCCGGGCCAUCUCCAUCCCUGACUCGCUGGGACGGCUGCCCCUGGGCAUCGCCAGGUCGCGGGGCCACGUGAAGCUAGCGGAGUGCCUGGAGCACCUGCAGCGGGACGAGCAGGCGCAGCUGGGCCAGAGCCCCCGGGCGCACUGUCCCCCCGGCGAGGAGCCCGACCCAGACAGCUGGAUGGCCCAGUGGCACAGCGAAGCCACCCACUCUCCGGAAAUUCCCAAAGGCGUCACCGUCAUCGCAAGCACCAACCCAGAGCUGAGAAGACCUCGGUCUGAACCCUCUAAUUACUACAGCAGUGAGAGCCACAAAGAUUAUCCAGCUCCCAAAAAGCAUAAAUUGAACCCUGAGCACUUCCAGGCGAGGCAGGAGAAGCUGCUGCCCACUGCACUGAGUCUGGAACGGCCCAAUCUCAGGAAGCAGGGCCCUAGUUCUAAGCAGUGUGUCCCCGAGGCAAUCAGCCCCAGUGAAGGAGUGAGGGACUACAGCCGGGACCUCUCCCCUCCCACUCCCGAGCCUGCAGGACUCCGAGCCUCUGGAUCUCAGCCUGUAGUAAAGUGGAGUUCCAAAGAUCUUUACAUUGGUGUGUCUACAGUGCAGGUGGCUGGAAGCCCGAAGGGGACCAGUGUAGGAAAGGAGGCAGCACCUCCCCAGGUGCGUCCCCGGGAGCCAAUGAGUGUGCUGAUGAUGGCUAACAGAGAGGUGGUGGACACAGAGAUGGGGCCCUGCCGGGGCAGUGCCGAGAGCGAGGAGUGCUCGCAGCCCCUGGACGACAUCCAGGUGAACAUGAUGACCCUGGCCGAGCACAUCAUCGAAGCCACGCCCGACCGGAUCAAGCAGGAGAACUUCGUGCCCAUGGAGCCUGCGGCCCUGGAGCGGACGGACACGGCCACCGUCAGCAGCACCAUGAGCUGGCUGGCCAGUUACCUCGCGGACGUCGACCAUCUGCCCAGCGCCGCCCAGAUCAGGAGCACAUAUAACGAGCCUCUCACCCCGACUUCCAACACCAGCCUGAGCCCCGUUGGCUCUCCCGUCAGUGAAAUCGCUUUCGAGAAGCCCAGCCUGCCCUCGGCGGCGGACUGGUCAGAGUUCCUGAGCGCGUCCACCAGCGAGAAGGUGGAGAACGACUUUGCGCAGCUGACCCUGUCCGACCACGAGCAGAGGGAGCUCUACGAGGCCGCCAGGCUCGUCCAGACGGCGUUCCGGAAAUACAGGGGCCGGCCCUUGCGGGAACAGCAGGAAGUGGCUGCCGCGGUCAUCCAGCGUUGUUACAGGAAAUACAAACAGCUGACAUGGAUAGCCUUGAAGUAUGCACUUUAUAAAAAGAUGACACAGGCCGCCAUCCUUAUCCAGAGCAAAUUCCGAAGUUACUACGAACAAAAGAAGUUCCAGCAGAGCCGGCGGGCCGCAGUGCUGAUCCAGAAGUACUACCGGAGCUACAAGAAACUCGGCAAAAGACGGCAGGCUCGCCGGACAGCUGUGAUUGUCCAGCAGAAGCUCAGGAGCAGUUUGCUCACCAAGAAGCAGGACCAAGCUGCUCGAAAAAUAAUGAGGUUUCUACGCCGCUGUCGCCACAGCCCCCUGGUGGACCAUAGGCGGUACAAAAGGAGUGAAAGAAUUGAAAAGGGCCAAGGGACUUGAAGACACACAGCAGCAUCCCUUAGCAAUGUGACAUUGCUUUCCAAACUGUUUUCAUUUCCGUUUUUAGCAGAGACACGCAACACACACGCACGCACACGCACACACACACUCCCUCUGCAGUUUGGGGGCGAUCAGCUGCAGGAUUUUAACAGGAAUGUUUUGGUCAUUGCAUUUGCACUUUCAUGGACAACUUUUCAUUUGAUCAGCAAGACAUCUUGGAACUCAAUCUUCUGUUGGAUCAUGGGCAAACAAGGAACUGAGAGGCCUCCUUCCCUCAGGAGGGAGCCGGCUUCCUCUCACAUAGGGCUGUACUCAAACAUCGUGUGGAACUGUACAAAUAUUUAUACCAAAAAUAUUGAUAAGAAAAGGUGGGGAUGCAACAAGGGAGAGGGCUGUUUCCUGCACCCGUCAGUCAUUUCCAAGAAGCUGAAUCUUUGGGGUUGAUUCUCAGUGGAGGACCCGAGCGCCCAGAUCUGGCCGGGUCCGCGUUCUCAUUUCCUUCACUGUUUCGAUCUUCCUUUGUUUGUGUGUUUGUUUCUGUUCUAAUCUCUACAGCACACUUAAUGCAACUUUUGAAAUCUGCAGGUUUUUGAUGUCUUGUGGGGAUUUGCAGAGGGGCGGGUGUGUGGUGAACGGGGAAUGUGCGGGGAGUCAUGAGAACCGCUGAGAGUUGAAAUUCAUUCUGCCCCCCCCACCCCCGGCCUGCGAGCAGUCACCAUCUUGUCCCUCUCACAGUCGGCACUUUCAUUUCUUUGCCUUACUUUCACGUGCAAUGAGAAUUAACUUAGAGAAUUGGUAAAGCAUGUCGCUUUCUUAAGUAACCUUGGAAGCUGUAAUCAUUCUAAGGAAUCAUAAACCUUGCCUGGACAUUUGCCACCUAAAAGAUCAGAGUGGUGCUGCGUUCUGGCCAGUAAAUCCCAUAUUUUUGGCGAUAUCUCAUCCAAACGGAGCAGUUUCUGUGUAUAUAGAGAAGGUAGAAAUGGAAAGUGAGAAAAUAUUUGAAAGGGAUUAUAUUAAUUGCUAAAUAUUUUAUUCACAAAGGUCACUAACAUGGCGAGAUAAAAUUAUUUGUAUAGUUUUGUCUGAAUGAGCGAGAAAAACGUGGAUGUAUUGUUUGUACAUAUUGUAUAUAUUAAAGAGAUAUGUGCAUGAAACCAAGAAAAAAGAAAUGAACAAAAGCAAAGCAUUAGUGGCUAUGGUCUGUAAAAUGAAACAAAAAAAAAACUUUAUUUCACUAUAAGAGUACUUUAUUUUAAAUGUUCUUUAGAAGAACAUUUUGCUAAAGCAUGACUACACUGCAAAAAAAAAAAAAAAGAGCUACUGUAUUUAGACUUAGGAAAAAAGGCAGAGUAACAUUACUUAAAAAAAAGGAUAUGUUUACAUUUAAUUUUGGCUACCAGGAGUUUAUUUUAUUUUAUUUCAAAUUUUUUUGCCAAUGGUGCCAAGUAAUGUGAAUGCUAAUAUUGCUUAGGAAAAUUAAGUUACUUUUGCUAAACAGAUAAUCAUAAGAUGAAUCAGUAUAUAGCUUAACACCAUCCACUCACUCCGACAAAGAACACUUAGAACGAUCAAAACCUGACAAAAGAAAUAGGAUGAAAAGUAGAAAAAUGUCUCACGUUUUCAUAUCUCCUGCUGGAAAUCAGAAAAUGUAAAGAAAAAAUACUGCACACAAAAAUCCUAAAAAUCACAAAGAUGCAAACUGGUCUCGUAGGGAUGUCGUGAUCCGUUACUGUGUACACAGUGUGAGGAGCCAAAGAAGCCGGAAGCUUCCAACAGCGCGCUCUUAAAGCUAAGCGGAGAGGCGAGCGUGCGCUGCCCGUGCCAGUUUAAAACUCCAGGCUACAGUUCAGGAUCAGUUGGUGUGAGAAGCUGAGAUCACCGGUUUUUCUUGGUUCUGGCUGCCAACUAUCAAUUCAAACUCAAGACUUCCUGUGACGCCUGCAAAUAUUCACGAAUAAGCUUGUAAACUGGUGUCUCUGGAAGGGAAGUAGAUACGAAACGGUUGUGUCAAAGCUGGGGUCAGUGCUCUUGGUGCCUUUUCUAUAAUCGUACUUGUUUUUUAAUUACUUCCUUUCACUGCCAACCUCGAAUUACUGUACAGUACACGUCUUACUGCUUGUGAUCAGCUUCGACAACAGGGGCAGCCCCACACCCAGAGCCACCUGCACAUCUGUAGAUGACCUGACUCGAUUCUGUUUUAACGUGUGGGUUACGUUGCAGCGGUCGCCCCCAAGCCCCUGUUCUGUUACACAAUUCGACCUAUAGGAGGACACUGAGUAAUUUACAGACAAUACGUGGGACUCGGCUCUUUGAGAAUACCCUACAUUAACACCGAAUUGAGGUACGUUUAUUCCAUUGAUUACGGUACAACCAACCAACCUUUUGACAAGAGUAAUGACCUCAGUGGGUUUGCUUUAACCCUCACUUUUUUUUUAAUGUUCCACAUGCUACAUUAUUAGCUGAGUAAGUUAGAAAAUUCGGGAAGAUAAAGACUGACACAGAAUGAGGAGGGUUCUUAUGAAAGGGGUAGGAGGGAGGUGCCGGGCCUUCCUGUGUAACUUACCAGUACAACUGUGAAUCCCAGGUGAGGUCAGAUGCACUUCCACCGAACGAAGCAUCGCUGACGCUUUUUCUUGGUUGCGAAUCUUCAUUUUGAAUAUAAGCCGAUAGGUAAGCGCAGCUGUCUUGGAUAAUCUGAAUUCCCAAGUGCCAGGAGUAGGAUUUCAUUGUAAAAUUAAUAGCUAAUCUUAUUCUGUCUCCUGAAGAUUUAAUUGCUAUUCUCGUUACCCAUUUGAAAUCAGCUGUACUGUGUGAACGAAAUAAAGACAAUAACUUGAACCCCUCUCUGGCUGCACGGUCGCUUAUGGCAGUUCCACACAGUAGUUGGCGCCCAAUGGGGGGUCCCUGAGACUUGCAUGUAAAACUAGUCUAGAUGUCUUCUUUUUUGUAAGUUUUAUUUUUGUAAUUGUGCAUGUAAAGCAUCAUUGAAUCAAUGGAUCUGUUGAAGAACUCAGCUGCUGGAAACCAUGCAAAAUGUUUUGAAUUGCCCUUAAAAUAUGGAAAAUGUUUUCUGAAUGCUUUAUAUUCUUUCUGCUGUAAAUUAAAAAUGAAGAAAAUUUCCCCA